GGUCUCGCUCUCACUCUGACUCUUUGUUUUCUAAACUUCUGACUUUCUCAUUAACCUACAAAUACCCAAGAUGCCGGACAAACCGUUAGCUGUGAUCAUCGGAGCUGGAAUCGCUGGCCUUGCCGCUGCAUGGUGGCUUGAUAAGAUCGGUUGGAAGGCCAUCAUAAUCGAGAAAGCGCCCAACUUACAGGAUGGUGGGUAUGUGAUGACUCUCUCCGGGCCAUGCCUUGAAACUCUUCAAAAGAUGGGUAUCAAGCAGUUGCUGGGCACAAUUAGUGAACAAUUCGACUACAACACCGUGAAAACAUAUUCAGGAUACGAGCUAUAUCGCUUGCGAUACAGUGAAGUGCACGGAGGGAUGGACAGCAUGCCUGUUCGACGCAAUGAUCUGGCCAGAAUCCUGCUUUCUCACCUGCCCAGUUCUUCGGAGAUCAAAUUCUCACGGAGAGUAGUCUCGAUCCAGGACCAAACGGAGACGGUCGAGAUUCAGCUCGACGAUGGGCAUACAUUGCAUGCGGAUCUCGUCAUUGGCGCCGAUGGGAUGCGGUCGCAAGUCAGAGACAUGAUAUUUGAACAAAAGGACGCACUGGACUUCAUUGGCUUGUACUUCGCCGCGUACAACUUCGAAACCGAUCAGGAGCCUUCCAAGAAUUGCGUAUCCUUUACUCGACCAGGCCAGCUGGACAUGGUAUUCUCACUCAAGAACGGCGGCAUGACGGGGUACCACAUCUGGGCAGAGAGCCGUGGUCCUCCCGGGCCACGUGGCGAGGGAUUCAAGAAGUUGCGAGAACUUACUGCCGACUGUCAGGAUGUGGUCAGGGACGCUGUUCGUCUAGGGGAAGCGUCUGGGACGUCUCUGGUAAUGGAUAGUGCCAAUCUGGUGGUCCAACCACGUUGGUCAAAAGGCCGCGUCGUACUCUUGGGCGAUGCGGCACAUUGUCUGACUCUCAUGUCCGGCCAGGGCGCUGGUAUGGCGCUUGUAUCUGCAGAGAUGCUGAGCCAGGAGCUGAGUCGAACACACGAUGUUGGGGAGGCGCUCGCCGCCCAUGAGAGCCGGCUUCGACCUGGCAUUGAGCGCUUGCAGAGGCGAUCGAGAGACCUGGCAGCCUUCUAUGUACCUCGCACGUGGCUGCAGUACUUCUUUCGAAACUUGUUGGCUUGGCUGAUGCCUCGGAAGUGGCUAGUCGAUGCGCAUGUCAAAGGGCUGUUUGCGGAAAUCGAGACUCUUCAGGAUGGUGGACCUGGUAAGAGCGCGACAUAGGGGCCCUGAGUUGCAUGCUUCAGAAUACCUCGCAUGGUGAUCGGAGAGUUAAUAUAUCCUGAAGAGGGGUGAGGUGUCAUGAAGGAAUCAGAAGCACUGACAUGACUGUCGUGCACUUUUGGGAUACAACUUGACCGAGCCAGACUCACUUCUCGAUUUGUUUAAGCUGCGGCUCUACUUACUCCCCGCUGUUUCGUAGGGUAUAAGCCACUGGCCCUUCACCUUGAAGCUCGCCUCAGAGACUGUCACCGGGUUGCUGCAAUCGCGGUUUCUAGCAGUAGCUUCCGGGCACCUUUCAACACAGUCUCGAUCGGGAUUGUGACUGGAGCAUGGUCACAGGAACACGAACAAUUUUACACGGAUACUAGGUACUUAGGCAGUAUGUUGUGGGGAGCUAGUCAGGGAGGACAGGGUGUUGUAUUGCUAAGAAAAAGCUCUAUGGAAGAGGAGAGGUCUGAUGGAGGAAUAGAGCUAGGAGUACCGAGUACGGAGUAGGUGACCGUGCCAAGACGCUAGGCCCAAAGGAAGGCAUCACUGCCGAACAACAAAUUCUGUCCGAUAUAUGAUUUUCUGCACACUUUCCUUUCGCAAUCGACCAUAGGAUGUGGAGAACAGGGCUUCCCGUUCGCUCAGCCAUACUUAAGCCACAUGCCGGUCAGUUAGUACUAAAGUGGGUGACCAUUUGGGAAUCCUGGCUGUUGAUUGUUUUUGCC